ACUGUAAUGUGCAUUCUUCUGCCUAAAAUAUGUACAGGUCUCUGGUGCUUGGUCUGAUAUACAGCUACAGGUAAACAUUAAAAUGUGCUCUGCGUUCAAGUUAUACACUACAACAGACCAAGAAUAAUUUCCGUAUACCCAAACAUUGUUCAACAGCUAAGCGUCGGCCUUUCCCUGAAGUUACUGUAUGGUUGUAGGUUUACCUUGAUGACACAGAUACGCGCGUUAGUCACCUUUACAUAAUCCAGGUGUGCGCAGUCUCCCACGCUAAAGAGCUCUCGACGACACGAAAGGUGUAACACCGGGCAGUUUAAAUCAAAAGAGCAGCCAUGGCUUGUGGACCGAAGAUAAUCAUCACAUUUCUUAUCAUCUUUAAUGUUCUUCUUAUGCUUGCUGGGCUAGCACUUUUGGGUAUUGGAAUAUGGUCAGUGGUAGAUAAAGUCUAUAUUUCUGAUGUCAUUGGCAACAACAAGUUUUCAGCGGCAUCAUACAUGAUUAUCGUUGGUGGUGCCAUCCUUCUUGGCAUUGGCAUCUUUGGGAUCUUCGUUGUGAGAUCAGAGAGCAGAGCUCUAGUGAUUGUGUACUUCAUUUUGCUGAUAGUGCUCUUUGUCGGCAUUUUAUUAGCUGCAAUCUUAGCUAUAAUAUUUAAACAAGAGCUGGAGGAAGCAAUGAUAGAUGCUAUGCGUCAGUCACUUGUGGGCCAGUAUGGAGCAGACUCUACAAUCACACAGUCAUGGGACCGAUUGCAACGAGAUUUGCGAUGUUGUGCUGUACGGGCUGAGCGUGGAUCUGAAGGGGGAACCACUCAAGACAUGGAGACCAUUCGGCAAGACUCCUGGCCUCUCUAUAAGAAGACCCGUUGGUACCAAAAUGCUCGAGGCCAGGACUUCACGGCUGGAAUCAAGGAUACAGAAGUUCUGUACGUACCCAUAACCUGCUGCGUCUUUGAUGAGGUUCUUCAAGGUUAUAUAAACCAGCGACAGUGUCAAAGCUGGAAGCUUGGUCCACCAGGAAAUUAUAAAGCGUCCUUGAAAAAUAAUGCGCUGUAUUAUGACGGGUGCUAUGAGAAAGCUAAAGCCUUUAUAGAAGCACAAUCAGACAUCAUUGUUGGCUGUGCAUUUGCAUUUGCUUUUUCCAUGAUUGGAGGCCUAGUGCUGACUGUACUCCUGUUUCGCACACUUGCACGGCAGACACGUGAGCUGUAGUAAAACCUAUUGCUAUUUAUGAGUUUCAGAACUAUUAAUUUCAGUUUCUUCAGAGAUUUUUUAGUUAGGCAUUGUAAUGGUGAUUCGACAUUUUCUCUGAAUUCCCAAGUGAAGAUGUGGUAUAACCAUAUCUUAGAGACAUGAAAUUGGUUCAUAUCAUCACUUCUCUGGUACUUCAAGGAUUUUUUCCCAUUGUUCAGCUUGCUGGAUGCAAAUGCUGAGAAAAUUUUCAUGGGUGCUCAUGACCAUUGGCACUAUUUUGUAACAAAUCUCAGAUCUGCUUUUUUUUUUUUAAAUGGUGUAUUGAGCACAUUACAAAAAUGUAUGUACUCCCCCAUUUAUUUGUCGAGGACACUGUAUUUCUAAAUCAUUGGUAAGUCGUUAAUUAGGUGGUACAAUAAACAUUAUUAUCUAUGCUGCUGUGUUCUGUGGCCUUUAAAGAACAAUCCCAUUCACAGUAUUAUUUUUACCAAUUAGAUCAAUUUUAGGUUUGGUAGUCCUGUGCUAGUAUUUUAUGAGUAAGUUGACAAGAUUAAUGGUUGUGACAACACUCAGGGUAUCAGCCAAUCAUUACAUUCCUUUCAUUUGGUAUACUACUUUGUCUGCAUGACUGUUUUUGUUAACAUCUGUUCUGCAAUCCAGAUUAACAUACCCUCUGGAUUGUGCUUAUUUGUUAAUUUAACUGAAAGCAAAAUAAAGUUAUGCAUUGUCCACAUGCCAGGAAUAUGAGGUUUAACCUUGCAAUUUUCUGUUUUGAGUAAACAUCUUUAUAAGAUACUCAUAGUCUAUAAUCUUUUUCCUUUUGCUUACUCUGUAAAAUAUAUAUUGUCAAUUGUUUGAACUGAUAUUCCUUUUCAUUUUUCAUUUUGUUUUGACGCAAAUUAUAACAAUUAUGAAUUUUACAAGCUUGAUGAAUUUUACUAUUGUGUAAACUGUUUACCAAUUUAGUUAUGCAUUUUACUGUUCAGACAAAGAUACACAAAUGUACAGUUCAUUUUCAGAAAAAAUACCUUGCUAGUUAAUGUAUCAAAGUUCUGUGUGUGUGUUAGUGUAUGCAUGCAUACAUUAAGAUACGUGAUGUUUUAUAUGUGAGAAAGCAGAUGAAAGUGUGUGGGGAGGAGAGAGUGCAUACAUCCCUGAACAUGUAUACCCUAAGGCUCUAUUUUAAUUAUUCUCCUGUGAUGCCUUGUACAUCAUGCUGUCAUUGUACAAACAAGAGUCAAAAAUAAACAACUUAAAUCUUCA